AUGGCACACUCUACUUUCGAAACGUCUCAAGAUGAACAUGAAAAACACAACCCCCGACCCUCUUCAGAUGAAGAGUCUAACCUAGAGUCGAAUGAGCCCGACCUCUCCCACAUCCCCACCCAGUCCAGUGCCCUUGCACGUACAUUGUCUGCUGUACGCACCCGUGAGUCCGGCAGGUCGAUUGGCCCGCCCCCAGAUGGAGGGAUUCAGGCCUGGUCACAGGUGGCGCUGGCGCAUUUUGUGAUCUUCAAUACCUGGGGCUACAUCAACAGUUUCGGGGUCUUCCAGACCUACUACACCCAAACCCUCGGUCACCCGCCGUCGGAUAUCUCCUGGGUCGGCAGCAUCCAGAUCUUUUUGCUGUUCUUCGUGGGCACCUUCUCGGGUCGCGCGACCGAUGCGGGCUAUUUCAAGGUCACACUGGCCUGUGGCGCCUUGCUUCUAUGCUUCAGUAUCUUCAUGACCUCGCUGUGUACCAAAUACUGGCAGUUGUUCCUGGCGCAGGGGCUGGGCCAGGGGAUUGGGUGCGGAAUGAUGUUCUGCCCAACCCUAGCUUUGGUCUCGACGUAUUUCGCCAAAAACCGGGGCAUUGCCAUUGGCAUGGUGGCGUCGGGAUCGGCCACGGGGGGUCUGGUUUUCCCUGCGGUGGUCAUGAAGAUGCUGCCUCAGGCGGGAUAUGGCUGGACGAUGCGCACGUUGGGCUUCAUCUCGCUGGCCACUCUGACGCCCUGUGUGAUCUUUCUCAAGCAGCGUCUUCCCCCGCGCCAGAGUGGCCCGUUGGUGGAAUGGUCCGCAUUCCGUGAGAUGCCCUACCUGCUCUUUGCUUUGGGUAUGUUCCUGAACUUCUGGGGGUUGUAUGUUGGGUUCUUCUACAUCGGUAGUUUCAGCCGAGACGUCAUCGGGGUUUCGACCGACCGAUCGAUCGACCUGCUACUGGUCAUGAACGGAGUUGGGCUAAUUGGGCGACUCGUUCCCAAUCUGCUGGCCGAUCAAUACACCGGUCCUCUCAAUCUAUUGAUCCCCUUUGCCUUGGCCACAGCGAUUGUGGCAUACUGCUGGGCUGCGGUCACCAACACCACGGGCCUGUGGGCCUUUGCGGUGUUCUAUGGCCUAUUCGCGGCGGGGAUUCAAUCCUUAUUCCCGGCGACGCUCAGCACGCUCACGACCGAUCUGAAGAAGAUCGGAGUGCGCAUGGGCAUGGUGCUGAGCGUGGUGGGGGUGGCUGCCCUCAUUGGGUCUCCGAUUGCCGGUGCCUUAGUGGUCUACGACGAUGGAGACUACCUUUAUGCCCAGAUGUUUAUGGGCAGCGCGAUUAUCGCUGGCAGCCUCACGUUAAUUGGGGCCCGAGUGACUAAAAUAGGAACUGGCAUAGCUCGAGUGUAA